CUUCAGCAUUAUUUUUGCAAGGAGACACUCUUUGAACUUGGGUUAGGAUCAAGUUAGUAUAUCUCUCUUUGCACAUCUUGAGUUGGGAUGGGGAGAGGAGGAGGUUUUUUCUUUUGUCUUUUCUGUCCUCUCCCUUCCCCUACUCCCUUCCCCAGUCACCACUUGCUCACAUGCACACACUAACCUUGGAGCCGAUGGGAUUGAGUGACUGGCACUUGGGACCACAGAGAAAUGUCAGAGUGUUUGGUUACAGACUCAAGGAAACCUCUCAUUUUAGAGUGCUCAUUUGAUUUUAGGCAAAAUUUUGGACUGUGAAGCAAGGCCUUGGGUGAAGACAAAAUGGCCUCACCAACUGACAGCUGUAUCCAGUUCACCCGCCAUGCCAGUGAUGUUCUUCUCAACCUUAAUCGCCUCCGAAGUCGAGACAUCUUGACUGAUGUUGUCAUUGUCGUGAGCCGUGAGCAGUUUAGAGCCCAUAAGACAGUUCUCAUGGCCUGCAGUGGCCUGUUCUACAGCAUCUUCACAGACCAGUUGAAAUGCAACCUUAGUGUGAUCAAUCUGGAUCCUGAGAUCAACCCUGAGGGGUUCUGCAUCCUCCUGGACUUUAUGUACACAUCUCGGCUCAAUCUGCGGGAAGGCAAUAUCAUGGCUGUGAUGGCCACAGCUAUGUACCUGCAGAUGGAACAUGUUGUGGACACUUGCCGGAAGUUUAUCAAGGCCAGUGAAGCAGAGAUGGUUCCUGCCAUCAAGCCUCCUCGCGAAGAGUUCCUGAACAACCGGAUGCUGAUGACCCAAGACAUCAUGGCUUAUCGGGGUCGUGAGGUGGUGGAGAACAGCCUGCCACUGAGGAACGCCCCUGGGUGUGAGAGCAGAGCCUUUGCCCCCAGCCUAUAUAGUGGCCUGUCCACACCACCAGCCUCCUAUCCCAUGUACAGCCACCUUCCGGUCAGCAGCCUGUGGCCAACCCCUUCCCCAAGUGAUAGUACCAGGCCAGUCCCCAGUGAGUACAGCCGGCCGGCCAUGGAGGUGUCCCCCAGUGUGUGCCACAGCAACAUCUAUUCACCCAAGGAGACCAUCCCAGAGGAGGCACGAAGUGACAUGCACUACAGUGUGGCUGAGGGUCCCAAGCCUGCUGCUCCUUCAGCCCGAAAUGUCUCAUAUUUUCCUUGUGACAAGGCCAGCAAAGAAGAAGAGAGACCUUCCUCUGAGGAUGAGAUUGCUCUCCAUUUUGAGUCCCCCAAUGCAUCCCUGAACCGGAAAGGCCUGGUUAGUCCCCAGAGUCCCCAGAAAUCCGACUGCCAGCCCAACUCACCCACAGAGUCCUGCAGCAGCAAGAAUGCCUGUAUCCUCCAGACCUCUGGCUCCCCUCCAGCCAAGAGUCCCACUGACCCCAAAGCCUGCAACUGGAAGAAAUACAAGUUCAUCGUGCUCAACAGCCUCAACCAGAAUGCCAAACCAGAGGGGCCUGAGCAGGCUGAACUGGGCCGCCUUUCCCCGCGAGCCUACACUGUUCCACCUGCCUGCCAGCCACCCAUGGAGCCUGAGAACCUUGACCUCCAGUCUCCAACCAAGCUCAGUGCCAGCGGAGAAGACUCCACCAUCCCACAAGCCAGCCGGCUCAAUAACAUCAUUAACAGGUCCCUGACAGGCUCCCCCCGCAGCAGCAGUGAGAGCCACUCGCCAUUGUACAUGCACCCGCCCAAGUGCACAUCCUGCGGCUCUCAGUCCCCACAGCACGCGGAGAUGUGCCUCCACACCGCCGGCCCCACGUUCCCUGAGGAGAUGGGAGAGACCCAGUCUGAAUACUCGGAUUCCAGCUGUGAGAAUGGGGCCUUCUUCUGCAAUGAGUGUGACUGCCGCUUCUCUGAGGAGGCCUCACUCAAGAGGCACACGCUGCAGACCCACAGUGACAAACCCUACAAGUGUGACCGCUGCCAGGCCUCCUUCCGCUACAAGGGCAACCUCGCCAGCCACAAGACCGUUCAUACCGGUGAGAAACCCUAUCGUUGUAACAUCUGUGGGGCCCAGUUCAACCGGCCAGCCAACCUGAAAACCCAUACUCGAAUUCACUCUGGAGAGAAGCCCUACAAAUGCGAAACCUGCGGAGCCAGAUUUGUACAGGUGGCCCACCUCCGUGCCCACGUGCUUAUCCACACUGGUGAGAAGCCCUAUCCCUGUGAAAUCUGUGGCACCCGUUUCCGGCACCUUCAGACUCUGAAGAGCCACCUGCGAAUCCACACGGGAGAGAAACCUUACCAUUGUGAGAAGUGUAACCUGCAUUUCCGUCACAAAAGCCAGCUGCGACUUCACUUGCGUCAGAAGCAUGGCGCCAUCACCAACACCAAGGUGCAAUACCGCGUGUCAGCCACUGACCUGCCUCCGGAGCUCCCCAAAGCCUGCUGAAGCAUGGAGUGUUGAUGCUUUCCAACCCCUUCUCAGAAUCUACCCAAAGGAUACUGUAACACUUUAUGAUGUUCAUCCCAUGAUGUAGUGCCUCUUUCAUCCACUAGUGCAAAUCAUAGCUGGGCGUGGGAGGGUGGUGGGGGCCGGGGCCUGGGGGACUGGGAGCCGCGGCAGCUCUCCUUCCCCCACUGCCAUAAAACAUUAAGAAAAUAAUAUUGCUUCUUCUCCUACGUGUAAGGCGAACCAUGUCAGCAAAAAGCAAAACCAUUUUAUAGAUCAAAGUGGAGGAGUAUGCAAAAGUUCUGACUUGACUCAGUCUGCAAAAUGAGGAAUGUAUAUGUUUUGUGGGAACAGAUGUUUCUUUUGUAUGUAAAUGUGCAUUCUUUUAAAAGACAAGACUUCGGUAUGUUAUCAAAGAGAGGGCUUUAAUUUUUUUAACCAAAGGUGAAGGAAUAUAUGGCAGAGUUGUAAAUAUAUAAAUAUAUAUAUAUAUAAAAUAAAUAUAUAUAAACUUAAAAAAGAUAUAUUAAAAAUAUAAAACUGCGUUAAAGGCUCGAUUUUGUAUCUGCAGGCAGACACGGAUCUGAGAAUCUUUAUUGAGAAAGAGCACUUAAGAGAAUAUUUUAAGUAUUGCAUCUGUAUAAGUAAGAAAAUAUUUUGUCUAAAAUGCCUCAGUGUAUUUGUAUUUUUUUGCAAGUGAAGGUUUACAAUUUACAAAGUGUGUAUUAAAAAACAACAAAAAGAACAAAAAAAAGCUGCAGAAGGAAAAAUGUGUAAUUUUGUUCAAGUUUUCAGUUUGUAUAUAUGUGUACAACGUGUCUUCACGGUGCCUUUUUUCACGGAAGUUUUCGAUGAUGGACAAGCGUGCCAUCCCUUUUUGAAGUAUAGGCAGACACAGGGACUUGAAGUUGUCACUAACUAAACUCUCUUUGGGAAUGUUUGUCUCAUCCCAUUCUGCGUCAUGCUUGUGUUAUAACUACUCCGGAGACAGGGUUUGGCUGUGUCUAAACUGCAUUAUCGCGUUGUAAAAUAUAGCUGUACAAAUAUAAGAAUAAAAUGUUGAAAAGUCGA